AUGCUUCAGACAUAUUUCUCUCUUUUUGAGGCAAGAUUUCUUCACACAUAUUGCUCUCUUUCUGAAUCAAAAAUGCUUCAGACAUAUUUCUCUCGUUCCGACUCCUAUCUAUCUAUCUAUCUAUCUAUCUAUCUAUCUAUCUAUCUACCGCUUUUCAUAUCUAUCUAUAUACAUAUAUCCUUUUCAUAUCUAUCAAUCUAUCUAUCUAUCUAUAGAAAUAUUUUCGUGAGUGCCUCUUUUCAUAUCUAUCUAUCUAUCUAUCUAUCUAUCUAUCUAUCUAUCUAUCUUUUCAUGCAUAUCUAUAUUUGUACCUAUCGCUUUUCAUAUCUAUCUAUCGCAUUUCAUAUCUAUCUAUUGAUCGAUCGAUCGCUUUCCAUAUCUAUCUAUCUAUCUAUCUAUCUAUCUAUCUAUCUAUCUAUCUAUCUAUCUAUUGCUUUUCAUAUCCAUCCAUCUCUCACGCGUUCUCUGUAUCUAUCUAUCUAUCUAUCUAUCUAUCUAUCUAUCUAUCUAUCUCUUUUCAUAUCUCUAUAUAUAUAUACUUUUCAUAUCUAUCUAUCUAUCUAUAGAAAUAUUUUCCCAUCUCUCUUGCCCUCUCUCUAUUUGUCUAACUCUUUUCAUAUCUAUCUAUCUAUCUAUCUAUCUAUCUAUCUAUCAUGA